GGAGAUCAAAUCAUGCGGCCCAUUACAUAGUGAUGCGCUUUAACCUAGCAAUUGACCUCUUUUGUCAGUUUCAUGUGAUACUUUACGAGUCUUCUUGUUCAUGGUCACUCUCCUAUUUAUUAUUUUAAGAUAAAAUAAAAAGGGCAUGCGUUUCAUUGCGUCUUCUGUCGGUCCCUCUUCGUUUAUAAUAUUAUUAUCUAAACAGAACCCUCGCUGCACUCGUUUUAUGGAGGACUAUUUUGAGCCAUUUAAGCUCAUGAUAUGCAACCAUUUCAUUGAGCUGCAAGAAAACUUCAUCAUCUGAUCAAGAUAUCAGAGGGAUCAAUCAACGUACCUUAAUAGGGAUUAUGGUGAAAUCCCCCUAUUAUGACGAAUUAAGUGGACUGAAGAAAGGUGCGUGGAGUCCUGAAGAAGAUGACAAGUUAAAGGCUUAUGUUCAGAGAUAUGGCCAUUGGAACUGGCGUGAGCUUCCCAAGUUUGCUGGUCUAUCAAGGUGCGGGAAGAGUUGCAGACUACGCUGGAUGAACUACCUCCAGCCAGAUGUAAAACGGGGAAACUACACCAAAGAGGAAGACGAAGUCAUCCUCAAAUUACAUGAAGAACUUGGGAAUAAAUGGUCUAUUAUCGCCUCUAAAUUACCAGGAAGAACAGAUAAUGAAAUAAAGAACCAUUGGCACACCCACCUAAAGAAGCGUGCAAAGCAAAACGUGAGGAAGGCCGAGGUGAAAGACCGUCUGCUCAGUGAGGCUUCCCACAGCGAAAAAAGCCAAAUUAAUACAGAUCACUCAGAAUCUGAAAGUCAUGUUCCUGCUGAUUAUGCUCCGUCUCACCAUAUCUUAGAGAGCUCUGUAUUGUCCCAGGAAACAGAAUGUUCAAGUGAUUUCACCUCCUCCACCAGCUCUCCUCACGAUCAAAUUUCGACUGGCGUAAAUUGGGCUGUAGAUCAAGACAGCCAGCUCGGGUUGUCGGAAACAUUUGAUCAAUUUAGUGGAGAUUUCUGGACUGAACCAUUUGUAGCAGACAACACAUUCGUACCAAAUUACCGUCCAUCGCCCAGCUUAUUUGAUGGGGAAUUCAUAUCACCAUAUGCUUCGUAUCAUAAUAAUGUCUCGGAUUUGUGUUGGGAUUUGGGUUUUUAGAAAGUUUUGUGUCCAUUUCUGUUUUGCAUAUUAAUUAGUACGCUUCACUUAGGCGGUGCCGAUUGCAGAGGAAAAAAAAAAAAAAUAUAUAUAUAUAUAUAUAUAUAUAUAUCAGAGGAUAGUGUUUAUGGGACAUGAUUUGGACAAUUAGGAUAUAUAAUUUUUUUUUAGUUUGCUUGUAUUUCUUUUAAAAUGAAAGGAUUAGAAUUGAUCUUAGCUCGAUCGCUUUCAAUGUAAAUGUGGAUUCCUUGAUAUAUAUAUAUAGAUCGAUAGUCGGGAAUGCGCGUUCUGUUA